AACCCAAACUGAAGCCCUGAACCCGACACAAAAACAGCACGCCUCCCUUUCCCGGUUGCCCAACCCCCCAUAAAAUAGAAGUCGCCGCCCGCUUCUUUCGCUCUCACACCAACAUGACUACCGCUUCAACUCCGAGACAGGCCUGCUCGAGGAGCAUUAUGGGAAAUGUAGUCUACUGAGCUCCAGCUUAUUCGAGAAGGCGAGGCUUCGCCAAAAUACAACUCCCAUCUCGACCCUCGCACGCCGAGUCCCAUCGUCCAAUCUGAAUAUGUGGGAGGAGCGCGUCCGCCCACAAAAGCCACAGCUAUCUACUCGUAUCUCCCCCUUAAAAAAACAAUAGUCCAUGAAAAUAAGGGAACACGCUGAAAAUACAAAACCCGGUGACGAUUUGGUUCGGUGCACGACGGCCGGCGACGAGGCGUCCCCGCGUCGCGCGGGAGAAAACCAGCGGUGACAGGCAGGAGCAGCGAGGAGGGUGUUGUCCUGAUGCUUAAAUGGAAGUGGGUGGGCCUCUACGGUCACACAGUGCCAACUUCUCUGUGGAUAUCGAUCUGACAGGCAUCAAAUCGCUCGCGUAUGGACUCUCUAUCCGCUAACAGAGACGUGCGACUGCGCCGCGAGGAGCCUUGAGGCGCGAGGACGGUCACGCGGGCUCUCUGUUGUUUCCGUUAUUUGGGGACUGCUUGAUUGUGCUCGCGCUUGGCACCGCCCUUCCUGGCCGGUGGGUGGUUUCGUCAAACGAGGAGAUCCGCCACGGCUCAGAGCCGAACAUAUAGGCGUCCUCCGCCUCUUUUACCCGGCCGGCCUUCCACCGUGAACUACACCCUCUCCCUCUCGGUAUAUUAAUGCGUUAUGAGUGACUCGAAGAAGGAAUCAUCUGGAACUGAAGGAGGGAAAGCAUCUAAAAGAGGGAAAAGUUCUGCUUCACAGGAUUCCUCCCAGCCCUCGCCCUUGGCUCUGCUUGCAGCCACUUGCAGUAAGAUCGGAGGGCAGGGAGGAACAGAGGCGACCCAGGCCCAGGCGGGUGCCCAACAGAUCCAGGUUCAGGCGGGUCAAAUCCAGCUGCAGGCGGGUCAGCUACAGGGUCAGAUAGUGGUGGACGCCGCUGGGGGUCAGGCUCUGGUGCCCCAGCAGCUGGAACUGGUCCCAGCUCAGUUCACGGGGAACGGUUGGCAGAUCAUCACAGCGGCGCCUGCCAUGGCCAAGGAGAACGCCAGCCAGCCCGUCGCUGUGACAGUGGCCACCACUGUGGCUAACGACAGCUCACCUGUUGGACGGAAGAUAAAAGCAGCAGGUGGGAGUAACAGUGUGACAGCAGGUCAGCCACAGCAGCAGCAGCAGCAGCAGUACCAGAUCAUCCAGGUUCAAAACCUUCCUAAUGCUGCUGGCGGUGUCCAAUAUCAGGUCAUCCCCCACCUGCAAACUGCAGAUGGGCAGCAAGUACACAUUAGCCCCCAGCCUGCUUCCAUUGGAGCUCUGCCUGAGCAGGUUCAGCUUAUCCAGAACCCGAACUCUGGCCAGACUCAGGCCAUCCUUCAGCCAGCCAACCAGCAGACUAUCCUCCCAAGCACAACCAAUCAGACCGUCCCGCUGCAGAUCCGUCCAGCACAGUCCUUUCCUCUUCAGCUGCAGACUCUACAGGGCUCCCAGCCCCCUGUCAUGACCACAGUACCCAUAAACCUCGGUGGCAUGACCCUGGCUUUACCUGUAAUCAAUAACGUUGGAGCGGGCGGGGCCGUUCAGCUCAUCCAAUCGGCAGAUGGCACAUUUUCCGUUGCUAAUGGCAACCAGCUGGUAACAACAGCUGUUUCUGGAGCUGCCCCUGCUCCAGCUGCAACUGGAUCCACAGUGGCAGCGGCAGCUGAAGGCGACAGCGUGUCAGAGGUGGCUCAAGUCGUUUCUACGGGAUCAGCCGACUCACAGGUUCAGAGCAGCGAGGCCGAUUCUCAGAACCAAAACCAAGCCAACGGGCUGCAGAAUCAGACCGAUGCCGUCGGGACCAUCCAGCAGGUGAUCGUGGGUCAGGUUGGGCACCAGCUGGUCCAGCAGAUCCAGCUGCAACCCCAAGCCCAGAGUCAGGGUCAGCCGCAGAACCAGCAGCAACCUCAGCAGAUUCAGACCCUCCAGCUGGCGCCAGGACAAACUCUGCAGCCCAUCCAGGCCAUCCAGAAUCCAGCCCAGGUUCUCAUUCGCACUCCCACUCUGUCACCGUCGGGGCAAAUCACCUGGCAGACGUUGCAACUUCCUGGAGGAGUGUCACUGCAGGGCGGCCUCGGGGCGGCUGUGCCGCAGCAGCUGACGCUGGCCCCGGUUGCAGGGGGAACGGCGGUGGGUGGUGGGGGGCUGGUAUCCCUGAGCGGCGCUCCCUUGACUUUGAGUGCAGCUCAGAUCAACCCGGGCUCAGGGGUGCAGACCGUCAGCAUCGCAGGACUGGGCACUGCUGGGGUUCAGGUGCAGGGGGUUCCUCUCACCAUCACUGGUCUGCAGGGUCAAACACAGGGUCAGGAUGGGGUCAAAGUUCAGUCCUCUCCAGUGACGGUCACUGUGGGCAACAUGGCCUCAGGUUCGUCCCUGAGUCCGGAUCAGCUCGGCUCAGUCCAGAGCUCCUCAGAUCAGGAGGGCCAGCCCAGCAAGCGGCUCAGACGUGUCGCAUGCUCCUGUCCGAACUGCAGGGAUGGAGAGGGAAGAAACAGUGGAGAUCCCACCAAGAAAAAGCAGCACAUCUGUCACAUGGAGGGCUGUGGGAAGGUUUACGGAAAGACGUCCCACCUAAGGGCGCACCUGCGCUGGCACACGGGCGAGCGGCCGUUUGUAUGCAACUGGAUCUUCUGUGGCAAGAGGUUCACCCGAAGCGACGAGCUGCAGAGACACCGGAGAACACACACAGGAGAAAAGCGCUUCGAGUGUCCCGAAUGCUCCAAGCGUUUCAUGCGCAGCGACCAUCUCUCCAAGCACAUCAAGACCCACCAGAACAAGAAGAGUGGAGCAGCCGUGGCAAUCAUCACCACCGAGGACAUGGAGGACGACGCCGCCGAAGGCUUGGCCGACUCCCCUCAGAUCGUCUCCGUGGGCUCCUGCGACCCCACCACACCCACCGCCUCCAACCACUUGGAGGAAGAAGAGGACGAGGAGUUUGAAUAGAUGAUGGACGUCUGUUACAUCGCCGAACUGACUUCCAGUUUGCUUUUUUUUUGUUUUCAGAGAUCUUUGCAGGAAGUUUUUUUUUCUUAGAUUUUACAUAAUUUUCUCGCUCCUGAAUAGAAAGUUAAAGAGACGGGAUCACCACGGACAUAUAAAAUAUAGAGAUCACGGUCUAAAAAUUAAUAUAUAACAAAUCAAGCUUAGACUGAGUGUAUGAAAAAGAUUAGUUUGGCAUUUUACUAAAUGAUAGUAAGGAAGAAAUUCAAAGAGAUUAGCACAAGACAGGGACCUGCUGAAUUCCAAACCCAAAUCAGCAGCAUUUUUCUAAAGAAUCUUAAGGCUCAGUCUGAAUUCUUCCCUUCUCCCUACCUCUAGAUUUACCCCUCCAAAAGGAGAAUUAUGGAAAAAUAGUCUCUCAUACUUCAGACAUCACUUUUGCUUGAUGACAUCACCAAUACUUGCCGGAUAGCUAGCGUUAGCGUGGACAUGCUACAACAAAAAGUCAUUCCUUACAUUUAUGUAAGUAAUGACUUUUUAUGUACAUUAAUGUCAGUAAUGGGCUUUAUAUCCCUCCGCUUGGAGGGUGGGAUCUUAACUAUUUCGGACACCACUUGCACUACAAACGCCCCUUUAAAUCGAGCAGUAGGGAGAAGGGAAGGAUUCGGAUUGGGCCUAACUCUAUGCACACAGUUGCUUUCUUUCGUGUUUCUACCUGUCAAGCAGUGCUGAAGGUCAAUCAUGGUGCAGGACAGUUGCAGAUCGGCUACAGAGCGGUGACAGCUUUGGGGAAACUGUGUGUGAAUGAAUGUGCAUCUGUAUUCCUGUGUUUUUUUUUUUUUUUUUUACCUACCAGAAGUUUAAUCUGCGGUAGUCUUCGGGUUCGAUUCAGGUGUUGAUUUUUUUUAGAUUAAUCAACAAAAAAUAUCCGUUGGGGAAUGAUUAAAAAAAAAAAAAAAAGAAAAGCACAUUUAAAAAGAUUUAUGAUGCAUUCCUAUUGAGGCGUGAUGGCCAUUAGAAAGAAACAUUUCUAUAGAGUUAAGAAAAACAAUCUAGCUUUCUACAACUUUGUUUGUGUAGUAAAAGCAAUACUACAAUGACAAUCCAACUGAAACCUUGUUUACAAUGUCAGGGGAAGUUUUGUUCAACGGUUUGCCCUCUCAGAUGCUGUCAUCUGGUUGCUGAGAGGCGUCGGAGGCAGAUCUGCAGAAGUCCCGUGAGUCGGCGCCAAAAACGGCUUCAGGAUUUAAAAAAAAAAAAAAGGGUUUGUCAGAUGGUAGCAUUGUCGCUGAUGGUACAUGGUGCCUCCUGUGCUCCGGUGAAGACCCCCCCUCUGUCCUUCUUUAACCCCGUCACAUGACCCAUGUACCACAAUUGCCUUAACACAAGCUGUUGUACAGAGGGCACUUCAGAGGGAGCCGGGUGAGGAAAGCGGAGAGCGCAGGCAGGCCGAAAGAAAAGCAAGAAGAGCGGCGUCGGGUUUUGAUUUGUUCGGGUAUAACAAGAGGUUAUCUGCUGGUGUUGCUCUGUUAGUUCAACUCACACAUUCUUUUUAAGAAAACAACAUUUUAUAGAAUUUAUUAGCAGUUUUAACACCUAAGUGUGUCAGUACACAAGGCCCGUCUGUUUAUGGCUAAUUUAUUAUUUUUAUUUUGUCAGAUUUGUCUUUUGCUGAAGUUGUAUUUGUGUGUGUUGUUUCUAAGGUUGCAUGUUUCAGUUUUUUGCACUAGUGCUGCUUCUCUUCUUUACUAUUUGUGCUUAAGUUUUUUUUUAUAUAUAUACAUCUCACCACUGGGUUUUCUCUAUUCUUUUUCUCUCUGCGCCAUGUGUUUUUUGGAGGAAAAAUAAAAAAAAAACCUUAAAAAAAACUUAUGUUGCUUCAAGUUGAUACCAAACCAAUUUAGAUGUUUUUGGUAACCUUUUGUGUGACGGAGGUUGUUUUUUCUUCUUUUAGUUUGGGUACUUUGUAGUGACAUCUCAUUUGUAAAUCUUUUUCUAAAGAUGUUUGUUCGUCUCCAUGAUGUUUGAUAAAUGGGUUUUUUGCCAGGUUAGCCUCAAAGGCUCCACUUGAUCGAUAUUUUUAAAACUGGUUUGUACAAAUGUGUUGUCAGUUGAAAAAAAAAGGAUAUCUUCAUGCAGAAAAUAUGCUUUGCCUGCAUAAACCUUGACAAUAAAGUGAGUCUUAAAUUUC